AUGUUGCAUCAAGCUGCUCAUAGUAGUAGAAUUGUGGCUACCGCCUUCCGUGAAAGCCUAGAUAAUAUAGUCCUUAUCUCUACGAAGCAACACGAUACGGCCACCAUUCGUAACGUCGCGUACGCAACCCGCGAAAAAGGCUACCCCCCUACAGAAGUACUUUACGUCUUUCUUUUAACUUGCAAAGUGUAUGGGCAUCGCAGCACCUAUCGGAAUUUAUUGUUUCAUUGCUUGUCUGACCUUUGCAAGUUUUUUUCGCUCAAUGUGAUGACAGUAACCAAUAUAGAGGCUCGUGCAGUGUGCGACAUGGUGCGCUGUUUGGCUUUUGUGAAGACUAGAGCGGUUCGUGUGGAAAAGCAUAGCGGUUUAGAUAACAGACAUACAGAUCCUGUGCAUGGAUCUGACAACGAGGUUUCAAAGGGGAAAACCUUUUUUGGUAAUCACAGUUUAUCUAUCCUUAGCAAUGAUCUGGAUUUUGGAAAAUCGCAAAGCAAUGCGAGCAUAGUUGAUCCAAGAGAUCCGUCCGAGACACGGCAAGCGUCAACCAUUAGGGAAAAGAUCCCUACCUUGGAGGCAACUGCCGCGACCGUCGACACGAGACACGCAGUGUAUACUCUUGUGGAUGAUGAUGAUAUGGUUAUGCGACUUUUACGGGUGAUUAUCACGCUUUCCUCUGUUUGUCCGCUGAAUAGCAGUGCCCUGAUGGAGCCACUCGGACUCCUAUUAGCGAUGUACCCCAGCGUCGCACCCGGUCGCAUGGCCGAGGAGGUGCUUAAAACGACGCUCAUGCAGCACACGCACACCUAUUGCAAUGCACUACGAAAUGGGGAAGGGGACUUUGAAAUGUCUGUCUCCAAUGACAACCUUCAAAGCAAUACUGUAAAGAGCAAGUCCUCGCUUUCUUUGCUUCUCCAAGCGGUCAGUUAUUUUAAGGACCUGUGCGAUCUUUCGACGGGACAGUUGCCAACAGCGUUGCCGCUCAGCACGAUUCCACUGGGUUCACAUGGUCUGUUAGUUCCGCAUGUCGGCAAUAGUAGCUACACCGCUUUCCAGACUUGGUUUGAUCUCAUUGAAGCUGUUAAGAACACUCAACCUCAACAGACUGAGCCCCUUUUCUUAUGCAUGGCUUCAGGAACAGAUCACACUAAGUCAUUCUCACAGGAUAUUCCGUAUUCUUUACGUAAGCUUACUAUCGAACUUUUACUCUCCUACUUUACAGACGUUGAAGGCGAAAUCGCAGCACCAGACAAGUUAGCGUUAUCGACAACCUUUUCAUGCGGUGUUACUGAUGGUGAUAAAACUAUUGCACCUGAAUUAAAGAAUGAUAGUCGUGAUGUCAUGAUGGAGAAUUCAUGCACCAAUGUCGGAGUAUGUUUUUUUCAAUGUCUUAAUGAAAAAAUUCUGGGUUUGGCCCUCGCAUGUCGCCCCUAUUCCUCAGGGCUCGAGGUAGAGGAAGGGAAACAGGAUAGCAACAGUCUGAUAUACGGUACUGAUAAAGCCGAGAAGAAUCUGGAGCAAUUAGCUGGUGUCUUGGAUCAGGAUUCCAGUGGCAGCAUUUACAAUCAUUAUUUAGAAAGUAAUCAUCACAUGCAACCUAUUCCGAUUUCACAAAAGGAGUCGGAAGUGUUACCGAAUGAUGAGUUGUUUAUAUUGACUCAGGAGCUCGCACUUGUGGCUCUAGGAAAGUUCCCUAUUUCAAUGCGUAACACUGCCAGAGAUCUUGCGGUUUACCAUGCCGUAUUGUUGAAAGAAUUUCGAAUAGAGUACUUACCAGUGAUUCGUGAGCAAAUCCGCGUCCAUCUGGCCAAUACCGACACUUAUGUGCCCAAUAAGGCAGUAGGCAUCCCGAUAAAUAAAGAAACCCUGGACGAUUCGUUGUCCAAGAAGGAAAAAGGUAUGAUGUCUAUCAUAUUUCAAGUGAUGGGUUUGUGGAGAAAGAUGGUUGAGGGUGGUCGUAUCCCGAACGACCUGCUUUUUACAAACUGCACCUUGAAUAGGCUAUUACAAGAAGAAGGUGAUGAAAAUUACGAGCCGUGUUCUGGGGGAUCGUUCACCGCACCGAACACGCUUUGUUUGCACCAUUCUGCGUACAGCGCCCUCUUUAGCGAAUCAGCUCUGCUUGCUGGUGACAUGAUAGAGUGUCUCUCGCUUCCGCUGAGCGCACUUAUGCAUUCGGAACAGAGCUAUCCUCAGGAGUUGGGUGUAAUAGCGGAGUUCAAGGCACCACCGGAGGAGCACUCAGGCUCAACUAAGCAAAGAAAGCCCGAGGUCGGAAGUGAGCCAACUACAAAGUCAAAGGUGCACAGGUCAAGUGCCUGGUGCCAAAAGGUUUCCCUCGGCUUCGCCACCCUUUGCCGUACGCGUAAGUGUCUCUCCUACCUUAUUGAUCUCAUGUCGCUUAUCGUGGUCUUUACAAAACGCUUUGCGCAGGUGGUGGAGGGGCUUUCUGAAUGCCAUACGGAAGGGGAUAAAGGUGAGGGGAAACGGGCCUCAGAAGGGGUCGUGCACGACCCCAGGACGGGUUCUCGACGGCAACACGAGCGCAUACUCCGGCACAUCUUUCUGGACCUCCACCCGCCCUUGCUUCGAUGUGUCCAGUCCUACCUGGAGCGCAUUGAAGGGGUGGAUGAGAUGCUACAUGGCGUUCUGAUGAUUGUGGCUGAGUGCGUUUACAUCUGUCAGAGAUUGGGUCUUCUGGAACAGCAGAAGGACUACGUUCACGCUCUUAUGGGAGCUCUUGACAUGGAGGACGCGAUUGGGACCAUGUUCAUCAAUUCGAUGCUGCAUCCUGACGCCUCGGCGAUAUGGGAGCUAUCAGCCUUGCAAUCUGGGGUUGGACUGAGAGAGACAACUGAGCUGGAUACGCCGCCAAGGCCACAGGGAAUGGAGAGUGGCAAAGCUCCAGCAACGGCGACGGACCCCCAUCACUCAACCUACCUGAGGCAUUGGGUAGCGAACAAAGUGCGCCAUAUCUCCAACAACCUUAGCCGAGGUGCCGAAAACGCGAAAAAAAACAAUUUACGGAUACCUUCUUUCGGGUUGGAUUCCGCCAUUUCAAAUUCUCCUGAUAUUUCUUGUGGCUCUUUAUUCAAAGAGAAUGAGCCUGCCCUUUCAUUUGCUGUUGAGUGGCUUCAUCGCAAGCUUGUUAUUUUGAAAUCUUUCUUUAGGUUCUCUCGGCGGAUGGAGAUCUGUGCGCAUGGGUGGUCAGUCGUCGCCGAGGCGCUCUGUUUUGUUGAGCCACUGAUCUACCGGCUUCGCCUUUACUUGUUGUGGAUUCCCGAAGACGCAUCCAGUCGCCAAACACAUGAGAAGCUCCUAGAUGAUGCCUAUGAGAUGCGCGAUACCAUGCAUAACCUGUUCGUGGAGUGUGGUCAACAGCUGCCGGAGGAUGCUUUUGUGGAGUUCCUCGACAGCAUCGUUCGCGCGACCGAGCGGUUGUGUUCGCGAACGCAAGAUGCUUUGUGCUCGAUGGUUCACCUGGAGCGGGGUGGUGGGCUGUUCGGGCCGGACGGGUCCACCACCCACGGCCCGGUGAAUGCCCACGAAGCGGCCUCGCCGCCUGCCUUCGCGAGGACGUUGCCGAAUGGGUUUGGGGUGUUUGGGCAGUUUGAGUUAAUCUGCGAGUCGCUUUGUCUGGGGUAUCUUUUUUUGCUCCCCGUCCAGGCCUCUCGCUCGGCGUUGGUAGGCCAACAACUGCGUUGGCUCUGCACACGCGUGAUGUCCCCCUCGCGGCUCUCGCGAUGGUGCGCGCUGCUCUGCCGCGUCCCGUUCACGAUCAGCCCGCUCGCCUGCUGGGGAGGGGCUCCCGCGCAGGCCGGGCGGGGGGGAGGCCCUGUGGAGGCCGCUUCGGAUCCUUUUGCCUUUUCUGGCAGAUUUGACGAGCUUCAUCACGCGCUCCUCGCAUGUAUGGGGGAUGUGGUUGGGCUCGCAGCCUACGUGAGUCGCUGGUGCGGGCGACUCUGCUCCCCUAUUCCCCACCUCACAACGGGCGAGCAGCUCUUCGCGCGGGUGGUGGAGCCCACAUUGCCCGCCAGUUUGCUCCUUUCCGGACACCUUUCCAAGCUUGUUGAACGCCAUUAUGUGCGUUUGACGUCGGCCCUGACUAGACCAUCUCCACUACCUCAAUUAAACGAUUCGAGGCGGGGUUCGACGUCGUUUGUUAGCGGGUUUGGGAUUGACGACGUGCAGAGCACUAUAACUACGGAGCAGAUGGUGCACAGGCUGUCAGAAAAUUUCUUACACACCGCGAUGUGCGGUGUGGAGCUUUUUUCCCUUAUACGGGAAAUACACGAUGCGUUUUCGGAGAUGCUUGUAUGGGAGGGCAAUGCGAAUGUCAGGUCGGAGAACUUACUUGAUAAAACACUGGCGAAUAUGGAAAUUGGAUCGGAAGAUAUCAGUGUCGUUUCACUUCCGGAUCUCUCCCCGAGCACGUCAUGUAAUUCUAUCUCCCACCAUAAGGACUCACUCCAGAGUGCUCACCUGGGCUUCUCCCUUGGGCUUUCGAUGGGAACUCUUCGCGAGAUACUUUGUCUGGUGCAGUGUUGUGGGGAGGAUAUUUCAAACGAGCCGUGGGGACACCUUUUACGCUUGCUGCGCAAAUCCGUCACCACAGCUUCAUUGUCCUCUAUGUUGAGUUCGUCUAUCCGAUUAUCCUCAGGGGACAGGAGCGAGGACAGGGAUUCGCACCCGGGGGUAUUUCUGUCAAGCAAAGACGAAAAAGCCAUUCCCCCAUUGGGAAGCAGCCGAUGUGGUUCGAGAGCGGUUUCCGUAUCCUCUACACCGCUUGAUCCCUCUGCGAAUUUAGUCGCUCCGCUGUCGUCGCGGCCCACCACCCACGUCUCAGCCUUCGGGGAUAUCGUGCAGCUUUCUUAUCGUAUUCUCGAAGUGAUCCAACACAACUACAUCAACAACAUGCACACAGAGGAUCUUCGCCAACUUAUUCUGUGCGCAAGUGCUUUCAUUGCUCACAACAUUGCAGGCGCGAAGGGUAAGCAGCUGCAUAUCAACCUCAGUGCUAUACAAAUGAUAUGGUCCAUAGCCGAUUAUCUAGCAGCGGUUCGGAUAUCCUCCGAUUUUUCAGACGCCGAUUCACGAAAAGGACGAACUCUGAAAUUGAUGGAUGCCAGGCUUGAUAAUUCGGCUGCCGUGAUGACGCAUCACGACUGGGAUGUUCUUUCCUGUACCUUGCUCUUACGUUUGCACGAUGAGGGGUGUAUGGAUACUCGGCAGGAGGUUCGCCAGGGCGCACAGAAAACACUCUUCUCCAUCCUUCAAACCUAUGGUGGGUAUUUUUCGAGCGACUGCUGGCAGUACGUCUUGCGGGAUAUGAUGAUGCCACUGAUGGACGUGGUUUUGGCUUCACAGGCGCAAUGCGCGAUGACUGAGGUCCCUCCUCCCCCCUCAUUUUCGACGCCCGAAGUCAAGCUUUCCACCUCCCCGGCCGCUGCCGUAUUCGAUCAGACGGCCAAUCGUGAUCGUAGUAUUGUGUGCUCGUCUCCCAAACCAAAGGAAUUGAAAGGAAGUGCGGCGCUUCUUGACGUUUUUGAGGCUGAACCCCAACAAAUUGAAGUGAUGCGCGUGAUCCUCACGGACUCCAUCCGGCGGGUUCUUCUCAGCCAUUACACUAACAUUCGCUCCGUCCUGUGUGCGCUUGACCAAACCUCUGGCCCCUCGCCGAGCGUUAACCCAUCGGUAUUAUAUGAAGUUCUUUUUCACUUUAUUUACUUUUGUGGAGAGUCUCGUGUGGUGGUGCGGGGGACUAGCGGGGUGGAUUCCUCCCUCUCCGCCAUUCGCGCCCUCCACUGCCUCGUAGUGGAGCUUUUUAGCGGCGAAAAGGAUUUCGACGACGAGGCGAUUCCUUUGGUGGGAACGCGACUCGCCUGGCAGGCUUUGCGAAGUAUUUUCCUACGCGAUCCGCGGACCAUGCAAACUGCGCGAAAGCAAUGCACGGAUGUCGUCGUCGCGGAGCUGCUUGGCUCUCUCUGCGCGACGUUUUGCCUCCAUCGAGAAAAGUUUCCAUCGGCUUCCCUCCCGGAGGCCCCAUUCUGGCCUAACUUGAGCGCUUUAUGGGAUUUGGGGCGAAAAAAAUUCAUCUUCGCAGCCGGGGAGGCCUCACCGAUCCUUGCCGCCGUCCCUAUUAACGCGAACGACGGCGAGAGUUAUUUUACGGAGUUUUUGAAGCUGUUGUCCGCGUGCACGGUGUGCGAUGCGGUGUUGGAUUCCUAUUAUUAUCCCGGUAAAGUUCAGGCCGCGCUGGUGGAGGUCUACGGCGCGAUGUGGCCUUAUCUCCACCUGCACGAACGCAGGGCGCUGCUGGACGAGCUGAUUUGGCCGCAGUUCCCGCACGAGCCCGCGAUUGCGGAGUUAUUAAGGAAGGCGCUCCCGCAAACGGCCUCGGACGAGCGUGAUGGGGGGGAUGAGGGGCCCGAGGAGGGGAGGGAGUUCAAUUUGAAGAAUAUUUUACCCCGAGGGGCCCAUCCAAACGUGCUUUUACAGCUGUUGGAGUGGCUACACACGAUAGUGAUUGCCCGCCCUCCGGGGAGGAACUGCCAUGCAAAAGCGCUUAUUGAGGAGGGCGGCCCAGCAUCUUCUACAGAACGCACCAUGAGGAAAGAGGAGGAGGAGGAAGGUAAAUUUCACGAUCAAACGAUUUCGCGUUUUAUUGUGGUUAUUGGUGGGUUGCUCGAGCUUCAGCACAUCUCGGAAGAGCGGCUGGCGCGGCAGCCUACGCUGUGGUCGCUGCACUUCUCCGGCGCGUUUUUCGCGGCCUGCGUGGGGCAUUUGCGGGCGGCGGUGGGGGUUGAAUGCGGCCCUCCCACCCGCGCGGGGGGCAUCCUCGCCCUCGUCCGGCUCCACCGGCAGCUUUUAAUUCUCGCCCGCGGGCGGGCCUCGCGCCUCGAGGUCGUCUUCGCGGAGCUGCCGAAUUCUCUGCGAGCCGCGAUCGCUACGCUUGAGAGCCUCACCGACGUCCUCCGCGGGGUCGCUCGGGGGCUCGUGGAAGGGCCGCAAAAUUUACACGCCGCGGAAGAAAUCGCAGAGGCGCUCGUCGACGCGAGCCUGGCGACCUCGCCAUCGCUUACCAACAUCGCGGCGUUGAGUUGGGAGACCCUCGAGGAGUGGUCUUUGCGGACGAUAGAGUGGGGGCUCCCUCCUACAGGGGAUUGUCAUAAUGAGAAGCGCGUCGAUCCGGACGGGCCACGGGAGAAGGAGCCAACCCAUGAAAAGAACUCCUCCACAUCAAGCGCUUCUCUCCGUUCGUCUUUGAAGUUUGAUGUUAGCGCAGAGACGUCUGGAAAGCGAAGACGUUUCUACACGAUUGUGCGAGACUCCAUGCACGGCCGCAGCCUAACUCUCAUACAUUGGUAUUUGGCGGAUCCUCACAACACAAACACGAUGAGGCUUAUGCAAAAUUUCCUCUUUUCUAUUCGUAAGAGAUGCGAUGCCCUGGUGCAGUUUAAAAAUUUACAUAUCAAUAGAAAUAAAAUAGAGGGAAAGGAUGAAUUUCAAGAAACAAGAACAGAGUGUUCCUACAUUCGGGAAUUACUUCCAGUUUUGGCAAAGCUGGUGGCGUGCGGUAAUGAGCAGGAAUCCCGUAAGCGAGAUGCCGUAAUUCAGGAAAGCCAGCUACGUCUGGCGCUAUCGGAUGCUUUACUUAGCAUGUACCGCGUGCUUGGUGUGAUCUAG